UCUUGAUCGGUUUGAUAAAAAUCAAACAAUGAAUGACGUCAAAGGAUACAUGGAGGCCCACGAACUGCAGGCUCACGACAAUGCCGAUCUUAUCGAAGAGUUUAGUGACGAACUUGCAAAAAUGACCGGAAAGUGCAUCGACAUCGGCUGCGGCCCUGCCUCAGUUACGCGCAAGCUCCUCAUGCCCCGACUGCCACCUAAUGUUCACAUCGUUGGUGCUGAUAUAUCUAAGAAAAUGAUUGAAUUUGCUAAGCAAACUCACAGUGACGAGAAACGUUUAUCAUUUAUCGAAUUAGACGUAGAGGCGGAAAAAAUACCAAAAGAGCUGAAUUGCGCUUUCGACAACGCUGUUUCUUUCUACUGUCUAAACAUGUGUCAAAAUACGAGAAGAGCAUUUGAAAAUAUUUACCAAAUACUGCGGCCAGGUGGAAGAGCCCUGGUGCUGUAUGUAGCUUACCACAAAAUAUUUGACUGCUACCUAAGAAUAGCUCAGAUGUCUCAAUACAAACCGUAUAUGACGGAAGUCACUAAAUUCAUCCCAAAAUUUCAACAUUGUGACAGUCCAACGGUUCAGAUGAAAAAAAUACUUGAGGAAACCGGUUUUAAGGUCUUGCACUGCAGCUUACGCAAAAAGACGUACAUCUUCAGAAAUUUAGAAAUCGCAAAGAAACACUUUGUGGCUGUUAAUCCGUUCAUCAGCAAAAUGCCAGAGGACGUUGGAAAAGAAUUCGGAAAUGUUCUGGCACGCGCAUUCGCAAGUGAAAAAAAUAAGGAAUUAAACGAGGAGGAGGAAGUACUUGACCUGCAUCAUUUACUUAUCAUUCAUUUGGAGAAACCGGAAAGAGAAAAAUAA